AUGACUUCGAUCAGCACCCCCAACAGCAAUGCCGACUGGGCAGCUCUGACCUCGACAAUGCGAGACUCCCUACCCAGCACCUACAACGUAUACCAUACCCCACGCCCCGACAUUAUCUAUCGUUCCCUCGACCACACCUUAGUGCUCGAUUCUGCAACGGAGAAAGACAUAGAAAAGCUCUGCUCCGACGCCCAAUUCCACCGGUUCGCCUCGGUUUGCGUUCGUCCCAGGCAUGUGCGGCAGGCAGUACGAAGUCUCGAGAAAGCCCACGAAGUCGCCGUUGACUGUGUCGUGGGUCAUCCGGACGGCAAGCAGGACACCGAAUCCAAAGAAGACGAAGCGCGGAUCGCGCUCGAGCAGGGCGCGACGGAGAUCGACCUGGUUGUUAACUUCUCGCUCCUGAAACAAGCGAGGUACUCGGAGGUCUAUGCGGAUGUCCUGGAGGUGCGCAAGAUCGCAGCAGAUGCUAAGCUGAAGGUCACUCUUGAGACGCCGGUGUUGACUCGCGACGAGGUCGUUGCGGGUUGUAUCAUUGCGAGCCUCGCGGGGGCGGAUUUCGUCAAGACUUGUACGGGGACUAGGGAGCCGUAUCCAUCGACUGAAACUGUGGGUCUGAUGCGCACUACUGUCGAUGCUGUUGGUAGGGGAACGAAGGUCAAGGCGAGUGGUGAUUUCAAGACCGCGGAGGAGAUUAUUCAGAUGAUGAAGGCUGGGGCUGAUCGGGUGGCUAGUUCUUCGUCGGCGGAUGUUCUGGAGGAAUUGAAUGGCGAGGAAUUGCACGAGCAGGGUGCAUCACAUUCCAUCCUCCUCCAAGAUGAAAGGGCCCAAUGCCAAGGUACGCGUGUUGUUAUACCUGCCCUCGUGCAACCCACUGACACCCCGAAGAAGCGCAAGACGUCCAAUGACCAAAAUAAUGGCCGGAAUGACAACCAAGAUGACAUCUUCACCUCGAAGCCCACGGCCGUUUUCACUCCAAAGGGAGGCCGGUCACACACCCUGAGCAUUGCGAUCCCGGGGAGUAUUGUGGCCAACUGCCAUUCCGUCGAACAAAAAUCGUUCCUAGCCGGAAGUAUCGCACGAGCCCUCGCCGUUUUCUGCGUCGACGAAGUUAUCAUUUUCGACGACGAUGAGAAAAGCAUUAACACCAAGAAGAACAAUAACGACUCGAACGACGCCAACGAAUCCCCCAUAACCAAACUAAAGCAUCAAAUCAGCAAGGAUGACUCCCAACCGGGCGGAUUUACAGCCUACUCCGACCCCUCACACUACCUCGCCCAUCUAUUAUCGUACCUCGAAACCCCGCCGUAUCUGCGGAAACACCUCUUCCCCAUGCAUCCCAAUCUGCGAACUGCCGGUUUACUACCUAGUCUGGAUAUGCCGCAUCAUCUGCGCGCGAACGAAUGGUGCGAUUACCGCGACGGAAUUGCUGUCUCUGAAACAGUCGUGGAUACCGGGUUACCGCAGAAAGUGAACAUUACGAACGAGCAGUUUUCCGAUCAAUCGCGCGUCACUGUGCGGUUUUCGUCCCAGGAUGAUCCGGAGAAUGCAGAAGCCGUUGAAUCCUCCGCACCUCGUAUGGAAGCUGGUUAUUACUGGGGUUACUCCGUGCGCCGCUGCGGACCUCUCUCAUCUGUCUUUACGGAAUGUCCGUUUGAUGGCGGAUACGAUCUCUCCUUCGGUACAUCAGAGCGCGGAGCUCCUCUUACCGAGAUCCUGAAGCAAGAUGAAGGCGAUGGCGGUGGAGGCGAUCUAGGAUACAAACAUCUCCUCAUAAUCUUCGGCGGUGUCGCGGGUCUCGAGACCGCCGUGAGGAAUGAUCACCAACUCCGCGAUAUGGGUAUUCGUCCGACUGAGGCGGAGAAAUUGUUCGAUCACUGGGUUAAUAUUCUCCCCGGACAGGGGAGUAGGACUAUCCGUACGGAGGAAGCAGUCUGGCUGGGCCUGACGGGGUUACGGGGAUUGGUUGAAGGGACGCAUCGGUUGAGAGGGUCAUCGUAG